UUGGAGAGCAAAGAUGAGACUGGAUUUACCCACAAUUCUAUCUGAGCAAGUUACUAGUUCCGGUGGAGGGAAAUCACGCUUUCUUUAGCUCGACAAGGACAUCUAAUAAAAAGGAUGGCAAGCUUAGCAACAACUAGAGAGAAGCGUGGCAAUGCAGGAGCCAAGAUGGCAUCACUGCUAGAAAACCUUGAAGAUGAGGAAUUUUACCAAACAACAUAUGGGGGAUUUCAAGAGGAAGCCAAUGAUCAAGAUUUUGAUAGCAGUGAUGAGGAGGUGUCAUCCUCAGACACUGUGGAUUCAGAUUUCAGCAUUGAUGAAGAUGAUGAAGUUAGGAGUGACAUGGAAGAUGAUGAACCAAAGAGAAAGUCAGCAAAGAGGGGAGUGAUCACCAAAGCUUAUAAGGAACCAACCAAGCCCAAAGAGAAGAAACCGAAGGAAAAAAAAGAAAAAUCUCAACCUGAUAGAUCAUCAGUACAGAUUUAUCACACAGCUAUUGAUAAGAAGUCCUUGCGAAGAAGCACAGCUAUUAAAUCCAAGGCAGUGGAGGCUCGUGAAAAGGCAAGAGAGGCUCGCACAAAGCUUAUGAAAGAAAUAGCUGCCAAGAAAAAUGUAUCAGAGGUCAGGAGACUCACUCAGGAAGAGCUCCUUGCUGAGGCCAAAGUAACUGAGAAAAUUAACUUAAGGGCCCUAGAAACUUACCAGAAGAUGGAGCUGGAGAAAAAGAAAGCUCGUGCCCAGAAGCAGGCUUAUAAAGGGCCUGUGAUACGGUAUCACUCUCUGACCAUGCCAAUGAUAGAAGAACUGCCCUCAGAGAAUGUAGUAGUGGAUAGAGAUGUUGAAUCUCCAAAACCAGACAGUAACGCCACUGAAAACCAAAAGGAUGGAAAUGAGAAAUGUUCCAGAACCUUCAUAACAUUCACAGAUGAGAAAUUCUUCAAAGAUGUGUUUCAUCAUAAAAAGUGUAAAACACCUGUGAAGCAGUACUGCCCUGUCACUAGACUCUCUGCCAAGUAUUUUGAUCCUAUAACACAGACACCUUAUGCAAAUUUGCAGGCAUUUAAAAUACUUCGAGAAGCUUAUAAGAAACAGUUAGAACAGGGAGAUAAGAAACCGGUUGAUGUUUCUUUGGAACAAAAGAAAAGACAAAAACUGCAACAGCAGGUUCAACAGCAGCAAAUCCAGCAACAGCAGCAACAAAAGCAACUGCAGCAGCAACAGUUACAGCAAAAGUUACAGCAACAGAAGAUUGUCCAGAAUGCUCUGCAGGCACAGCAAGCCUCUUUGGCAUUACAGCAAAAGCUGCAACAACAGCAGCAGCAAGCAGUGAAAACAAUCCCAACAACCACAUUACAACCAGUGAAAGUUCAACAGCUACCCACAGUUGUAUCACAAGUCAGUUCUCAACAACAGCAACAACAAGUGCAAAUUAAAACCACCCAACAAGUGCCUCACAUUAUCCAAGUGACACGGAUCCAAACCCAACCCCAACAGACGGCUCCAACACUGACCCAGCAAUUGUUGCAGAAUUCACAACAGCAGGCUCAGCAUAUACAGCAACCACAACAACCUACACAACAGCAACAACAACAACAACCCCAGCAAUCACAACAGCCACUGCAACAACAGCCACAGAUUGUUCAACCCCAGCAGAAUGCACAAAAGCAAUAAAGGACAUUAGAUUGUAUACAAAUUAAGAAGGAAACUCUCCUUGUCAAGUCAAGAACUUUAUGAAAUUUGAAUUUUGGUUUUUUAUCAAAUGACAAACGAUAUUAAUGGAAAUUUGAAAUAUGGAUCAAAAUAGGUUUCCAAAUCUAUGUUUAUAGAGUUUAAAUGUUGAUUGAGAAUUUAACAAAAUUUAUAUCAGUACUCACCAUUUCAAGAUAUCUGGUUUAACUUUUUGAUAUAUGUAUGUCUAAUUCUGAGUAAUAAUAAAAGUUGACAAACUUGGUGUGACAGAUUAUACA